GAACGGGGUAAACUUGCGUAACGAAGACAUACUGUAUUUGGGACAGGCUCAAUAAGGUUAUGGCCCACGUUCUGCUCAAAGUGCCGUUUCGUUUACACAACGACUGUUAGAGUACGAGAGCACAAGGUUUGAAGGCACGUUGAACUGGGUCGUCUGGGAACCUGACUUAUACCACCUGAACAUCAAUCUGGGGCACGCCGUUACGAAUGCUGCUUUGGCCAAUCGUCGCAUGCAGAUGCUGGUGCAGAUUUGUGUUGCCAGCUCGGUCGAAACCAACCUUACAGGAGCAGCCAUUUCUCUUCUCCAGCAAGAGCUCUAGCGUUAGGACGUGGGAUAUUAAGCCCCAAGACUUUCAUUAUUCGGGGACCAUUCAAGCAUUAGCGGCGCUUGCUGUCCAGUACCUUGACUGCAUUGCCGUACCCGUGGACAUACUCGAGCAGAGAGAUGAUCAAGGUGCGGUUCCACAUCGAGCUCAAAGCCAACCGACUCGAUUAUUGUUAUUGGCGGCAUUUAUUGCCAAGGAAGACGCAUGGCUUGGGUUGUGGGUAGGCCGUAGGAGCACUCCAUUGCACUCCCUCCCCCCCUUUCCUUUCCUUUCCCAUUCCUUGCCCCAAAUCGACAGCGGGCCUGGCGGGACCACUCACCAACCACCCCGGCCAGGCCAAUUUCAAUCCCCUAUCCAGCGGCGCCAGGGCGCCAUGGGCCGUUGCAUUCGCCAUCUCGCUACUGUACCCGUGGACCUUGCAAGUGUGCCCCUAAGAACCUAGUAUCCUAUCGAUGUACCGUCCUCCGUACCGGCUCUCAAACCCUUCAUCUAUCCAGUCUUCCCACCUUCUAUUCUCGCCCAUCCCGUCUCGUCUUUUUCCCUUCUCUGCAAUCCACGUUCUGCUACAUCUUUUGUCAGAAGGUCUAGUCCCUUUUCUUUUCAUCCUAUCUCGCCUUCCUCUUACGAGGUUUGCGGUCUUCGUUCGUUACACCAGGGACCCGGACACAACGGAAGCAAAGCU